AUGCGUCAAAAACAGAAAGUCGAGACCAUCCGAAAGGAUCUCGAGAAUUUCGAGCUCAAUCCCAGCUCUUCCAACAGAGAAACUUACACCUCAAAAAAGCAAAAUGGACAAAAUAAGCAAGAGAGUGAGGAGGAGCAAGAGCAAGAAGACAUGCCCCAGCGCAUCUCUCGUAUCCGCGCUGACCUCAAUGAUCUUACCCAAGUCCAUAACAUCUCGAUCUCACCUCUCCGCUAUGACCGCCUCCAUGAAUACUACACCACCGAGCUUUCCCUACUAUCAAAAACGAACUUCAAAGGGUUAGAUCGGCAAAGUAAGGUCGAUUACCUUCUUCUAAAGAAUUUACUGAGCAAGGGACUGAGACAGUUGGAUUUUGAGAAGGAGCGAGAUAAGGGCAUGAAGCUGUUGUUAGGGAAGUGGGCGGGAGUUUUGGUAGGAUUUUGUGAGGAGAGACAGGCUGUGAGGAGGGUGGAGGGAGAGAACGCUGCGAGAGGGGUUUGGGAAGCUGGGAAGGAGAUUGAUGGAUUGAAGGAAGAUGUGGUUGCUGGGAGGAUCAAUAGUGGGAGUGGCAAGGGUAGUGAGACUUCGAAAUCGAGUGCGUAUCGUGCUGCAAAUACGAUUCAGAAACUACGGGAGCAUCUGAGAGAAUGGUUUGCGUUUUACAAAGGGUAUGAUCCGUUGUUCACGUGGUGGGUGAAAGAACCAUACGGGAGGCUUGAUAAGGUAAUGGAUGAGUACGCCAAGGUAAUCAGAGAAGUUGUUGUGGGAAUCAAACCUGGCGAUACCGACGCUAUUGUCGGAGAGCCCAUUGGACGCGAAGGACUCCUAGCUGAUCUAAAAGCUGAGAUGAUUCCUUACAGUCCUGAAGAACUCAUCAGCAUCGGCGAGAAAGAGUACACAUGGUGCUUGAAAGAGAUGAAGAAAGCCGCCUCAGAACUCGGCUACGAGAACUGGAAAGGCGCCCUCGAGUACGUCAAAACACUCUACGUGCCUCCAGGUGAACAAACACAGCUUGUUCGUUUCCUCGCCGAAGAAGCAAUCGAAUACGUCAAGAAGAACGAUCUUGUCACCGUCCCGAGAGUAGCGGAGGAGAGCUGGCGGAUGUUCAUGAUGAGUCCGCAGGAUCAGAAAGUCAACCCUUUCUUCCUAGGCGGCGACGAUAUUAUCGUUUCGUACCCCGAUGAUUCGAUGGGCCACGAGGAGAAAAUGAUGAGCAUGCGCGGGAAUAACAUACAUUUCUCGCGCUCGACUGUCUUCCAUGAGAUGAUUCCUGGGCACCACCUACAAUUCCACAUGAUCGCGCGGUAUAAAGCAUAUCGUCAGAUAUUCGAUACAGCAUUCUGGAUGGAAGGGUGGGCGUUGUAUUGGGAGAUGAUUUUGUGGGACAAGAAGUUUCCAAAGACGCCUGAGAAUAGGAUUGGCAUGUUGUUCUGGCGUAUGCAUCGCUGCGCGAGGAUCAUUUUUUCGGUGAAAUUCCAUUUGGGGCUUAUGACACCCCAGGAAUGUAUUGAUAUGCUGGUGGAUAUGGUGGGACAUGAGAGGGAGAAUGCGGAGGGCGAGGUUAGGAGGAGCUUUAAUGGGGAUUAUACGCCAUUGUACCAGGCGGGGUACAUGCUGGGUGCAUUGCAGUUGUAUUCGUUAAGGGAGGAUGUGCUAGGUGGAAGAGUGUUGACGGAGAAGCAGUUUCAUGAUAGGGUUAUGAGGGAAAACGAGAUGCCAAUUGAGAUGUUGAGGGCGUUAAUAAAGAGGCAGGAUUUGAAAGAGGACUUUGAGACAUCUUGGAGGUUUUACAGGGAGCAUUAA